AUUCACACUGGAGAGAAACCAUAUCAGUGCUCACAGUGUGGAAAGAGUUUUAAUGGACAGAGCCAUCUCAAAAUACACCAGCACAUUCACACUGGAGAGAAACCGUAUCAGUGCUCACAGUGUGGAAAGAGUUUUAAUGGACAGAGUGAUCUCAAAAUACACCAGCGCAUUCACACUGGGGAGAAACCGUAUCAGUGCUCACAGUGUGGAAAGAGUUUUAAUGUACAGAGUAAUCUCAAAAAACACCAGCGCAUUCACACUGGAGAGAAACCGUAUCAGUGCUCACACUGUGGAAAGAGUUUUAAUCAACAGAGUGCUCUCAAAAUACACCAGCGCAUUCACACUGGAGAGAAACCGUAUCAGUGCUCACAGUGUGGAAAGAGUUUUAAUGGACAGAGUAAUCUCAAAAAUCACCAGCGCAUUCACACUGGAGAAAAACCAUAUCAGUGCUCACAGUGUGGAAAGAGUUUUAAUGGACAGAGUGAUCUCAAAAUACACCAGCGCAUUCACACUGGAGAGAAACCGUAUCAGUGCUCACAGUGUGGAAAGAGUUUUAAUGGGCAGAGUAAUCUCAAAAAACACCAGCGCAUUCACACUGGAGAAAAACCAUAUCAGUGCUCACAGUGUGGGAAGAGUUUUAAUGGACAGAGUGCUCUCAAAAUACACCAGCGCAUUCACACUGGAGAGAAACCAUAUCAGUGCUCACAGUGUGGAAAGAGUUUUAAUGGACUGAGUGAUCUGAAAAUACACCAGCGCAUUCACACUGGAGAGAAACCAUAUCAGUGCUCACAGUGUGGAAAGAGUUUUAAUAUACAGAGUAAUCUCAAAAAACACCAGCGCAUUCACAUUUUACAGAAAUGAUGCUCACAGUGUUGGGGAGAAAUGUUUAGCAAUGAAUGAAUUAUACUGUGUAAUUAAUAGGUCAUAAUAAGUAAAUAGUAAUAAUAAAAGUAUAAAUCUUUAGGUUAAACUAUUACUGGGAAAUAAUGGGAUUAUCUAUAGUGGAGUGAAUGGUGGGUAGAACCAAGAGGUUUAGAGCCUGAUGUAAGUGAAUGCUAUCAGUUAAUAGUGGAAGUGAAUUGAAAAUAAAAUGUAUUGGAUUGGCUAGCAUGUAUUGGUCUUAGUGAUACUGUGCUUGAUUGGUUUUCUUCAUACAUUUCUAGACGUGUACAGUAUGUUCACAGUAACUCCUGUUACUAGUGGUGUCCCUCAGGGCUCUCUCUUGGGGCCUCUACUAUUUAUAAUUUACCUGCUUCCCAUUGGACGUAUCUUUAGGAAAUACAACAUUAAAUUUUAUUGUUAUGCAGACGACACCGAGCUAUACCUGUCCACUGUGCUCACGACUACUGUUCUUUCUCCAUCUCUCUCUGAUUGUCUAAUAGAAUUAAGAACAUGGUUCUCUUACAAUUUUCUCACAUUAAAUGCUGAUAAAACUGAAAUUCUUCUUAAAGGUAGAAAAUCUCCUCUCUCAAAAUCUAACAAAUUCUCAGUGAUGAUGAAGAACUCAGUCGUCUCU